UAUUGCCCAUUGUAACUUGCUUCAUUUUCGCAUUUCUAGUUCUGUUCUACCCAUUUCGCACUGACCUCAAAGUUUUUUUUUUUUUUUUUGUUGUAGAAUUUUCUUUGUUUGGUAGCUGAGAAACUGUGAGAAAGAGGGGAAAUAGAAAAGAAAAUAAAAUGUUGUCCUUUUGUUCCAUCAUGCUACUGCGGUUUCUAAGAGAGCGAAAACCUUUCCAAUAGUUUCCAUUGUGCUUAAUUGGGAGAAAUUGUUGGGCUUUUUACAUGAAUUGCUUGUUGGGUUGCUUUGUUUGUGAUGAGGAUUUACUGGGUGGUUUGUAUCCUGUGGUCUGGUGGUUUGUUCAACAAUAUGCAUGCAGUUAAGGGCAGCUGGGUUGGGCAGCCAUUUGCCCUUGCUAAGUACAAUGACUCUGCAGAGAAGAAAUCACGGAUUCGGCGUUCAAAAGAGGAGAGGAAAGCGCUGGCUGAAUCUUUUAUAAAGAAAUAUCAGAAAUUAAACAAUGGGAAUUUUCCAUCGCUCAAUCUCACACACAAGGAAGUUGGUGGGUCUUUCUACACGGUGCGGGAAAUUGUCCGAGAGAUAAUCCAAGAAAAUAAGGUGUUGGGUCCUGCAAAGUUGACUCCAGAAGAGCAUGAUAGGUUUUUGGAACAAUAUCCAUUGGGAUCAAUUUCCAUUGAACCUGAAACUGAUUUAUCAUCGUUAAAUGAGUCUGAUAUGUUGACUCAUUAUUUACCCAAUCGCAAUCAUGAUACAAGUGAAGAACUGGUUUUGAACUCUAUUGUGCAGUGUACUGAACCUGAACAUCAGAGAUUUAAUGAAGGGAUCAUUAUAAAUGGGUCUAGUAAGGAAGUUGAAAAGAAAGAAGAAUAUGAUAAAGCAAUAUAUACAAACUCGCAAGCUAGAGAAAGUCUGGAACUGGAGGAAAAUGUAGCAGAACUAGAAGCAUCUAAAACAAAAGUGACUCAUGUAGCAGUAGAUGUAAAGGUAGAGACGUUUCCAUUAAUGUCUGGUUCUAGGAUAGCUUAUGGGUUGGAUGAAAUAUCAAGUGAACCAAGUGAGUUGACUGGAACUUUGGAAAAAGAAAUUGAAAAUUUGGAAAUGGAGGCAGGCAACAACAAUUCUGUAGUAGAUGGGAUGAACUUUUCAGAAAGCUCUUCUGUUUUGGAGCAGGAAAAAGCUGAGCCAAACCUUGCAGAUCCAUUAUUGGAAAAAAGCUGUGCUUUGGUGGACGAGAAACCAGUCGAAAAUCUUGAAGCUCCAUUAUUGGAAAAUUCAAAUGGCUCUACAACCAAAGAAGGCAUUGUUCUUGAUAUUAAUGAUGGCACAGACUCUGAAGUUAAAGAUGCCUUGACUGGUGGUAUUAAGCCUAUAGAUGCUCACGAUGGCAUCCAUGCCCAGAAUCUCAAUGGUACUACUUCAAGUUCCUGCGAGCAGUCAAUUUCCAUGGAGGCAAUAUUAACCAAAAACAACCCAAACAUCCAACAAGGUGGCAACUCCCCGAAAGGAAGCAAUCCAACAUUAGACAGAAUGAAUCUUGAAUCAUGGGAAGAGACCGUGGGAAAAGCUGCCAAGCCAGAAACUAAUCCGCUUUUGGCAUUUUUUAAGUCAUUCGUUGCUGUGUUUGUGAAGUUUUGGUCGGAAUAAAGUCUCUGUAUUCCUUUUAGUUUCUCUGCCCAGGAAUGGAUGAAGAGUUCUGUACCUACCGAAGCAGUGUCUUUCCAUAUAUCAGAAAAUGUUGCUGUUCCAAUUGGAAAAGUCUUUGCACACCAAACUGAAAAAUAUACCGACAUUUUACAAGUUGGUGUCUGCCAGUGUGUGGCCCCACCGACGAGUGAGGUGUCGGUACACUUUCAGUAUACUUUUCUCAGUGCAUGUAGCAUUAAUCAUUCCAAUUAGAUCCCAAUGUUUCUCUUUCCAUGUUCUGAUGGAAUUCAUGUUGUCAAGGUAAGUACUUAUUGUUAUAGAGAAUGUUUGAAGCUUUUGUUGAAUAAUUAGAGUGAGAAUUUAUGCCAAACAUUGAACUGUGAUGGUGUAUCCUGUAUGAUAGGGGCAAAUGGUAGUCAAAUGAUUAGCUGAAAUUGAUCUUUUAGCCCUAA